AAAAAUGAAUAUUCAAUAUCCAGAAAGCCAACAAAAAAAACAAAAAACAAAAAAAAACUUAAAAAAGAGUAAGAUAAACGGAGAAGCUCAUUGGUCAUCAUCAACCUCAACAACUAUCAAAACUGAAAGGAGAAGAAGAACAACAACAAGAUGUUAACGAACCGAGUAAUCAAACUAGCAUCCACCCCUCAUUCAAAACCAAAACCACAACACCAGCGACUCUUCCAUCUCUCACCCUCCCCAUCAACAAUGUCCUCAAUCAAUAAAUACUCCAGAACUAUCACUCAGCCUAAGGAUCAAGGCGCCAGUCAGGCCAUGUUGUAUGCGACAGAAGGAGUGGAUUCAGAAGCUGAUUUACAGAAAGCAAUGGUUGGAGUAGCGAGUGUAUGGUACGAAGGAAAUCCAUGUAACGGACAUCUCUUAGGCCUAGGCCAACGGAUCAAAAAGUCGUUAGUCAAGGCGGAUCUGAUCGGAUACCAGUUCGGGACCGUGGGCGUCAGUGAUGGGAUCAGCAUGGGCACGGCCGGGAUGAGCUACAGUCUGCCGAGUCGCGAUCUGAUUGCCGAUAGUGUCGAGUCGGCCGCCGGUGGCCAUUGGCUAGAUGGCAUGGUCGUCGUCCCUGGUUGUGAUAAAAAUAUGCCGGGCACUCUGAUGGCACUUGGAAGACUCAAUCGACCGGGUUUGAUGGUCUAUGGUGGGACCAUCAAGCCUGGUCAUUGUGCGUCCGUCGGCCAAUUGGACAUCGUUAGCGCCUUCCAAUCCUACGGACAAUAUGUGGCGGAGGGCCAGACUCCUGAAGCGGAAUCCCGACGGCUGGAUACCAUUCGGAACGCGUGUCCGGGUGCAGGCGCCUGUGGUGGGAUGUAUACCGCCAACACAAUGGCGUCGGCGGCGGAGGCUUUGGGAAUGACCCUGCCUGGAUCGUCUAGCUUCCCCGCCGAAUAUCCAGAGAAGUUGGCCGAAUGCGAUGCGGUUGGCGCGGCGAUGCGAAAUCUGUUGGAGAAAGAUAUCAAGCCUCGAGAUAUCAUGACUCGAAUCGCAUUCGAAAAUGCUAUGGUGCUCACCAUGGUCUUAGGCGGCUCAACCAAUGCCGUGUUGCAUCUCAUCGCUAUCGCUCAUUCCGUUGGCAUCAAAUUAACCAUCGACGACUUUCAAGCCGUCUCCGAUCGUACUCCAUUCUUGGCAGAUCUGAAACCUUCAGGAAAAUACGUGAUGGAAGAUGUUUAUAAAGUGGGGGGGAUUCCAGCUGUAUUGAAAUAUUUAUUGGAACAAAAGAUGAUCGAUGGAAGUCAACUAACAGUGACAGGAAAAACGCUGGAAGAGAACCUAUCGACUGUGAAAGGAUUAGUUCCAGGCCAAGAAGUGAUCCAUCCGGUUUCAUCUCCGAUCAAGCCCACCGGACACAUCCGGAUCCUGAAAGGUAAUCUGGCGCCUGGGGGUGCAGUAGCCAAGAUCACCGGGAAGGAAGGUCUCCACUUUCAAGGGAAGGCUCGCGUCUUCGAAACCGAAGCCGGCUUGAUCGAAGCUAUCGAAUCCGGCACUCUCGUCAAAGGCCAAAAAACUGUCGUGGUGCUUCGUGGUAUGGGGCCUGUCGGGGGACCCGGUAUGCCCGAAAUGCUCAAACCAACGAGUAUGAUUAUGGGAGCCGGACUUGGAAACGACGUAGCCUGUUUGACUGAUGGGAGAUUUAGUGGAGGGACUCAUGGAUUCUGCAUUGGUCACGUGGUACCAGAGGCUGCCAAAGGAGGUCCCAUUGGGCUCUUGAAAGACGGCGAUGUGAUCACGAUCGAUGCUGAGGCCAAUACGCUCGAGGUUGCGCUUACGGAAGAAGAGCUCAAGGCGCGGAGGAUCGGAUGGAAAGCUCCGCCGGUCAAAGUGAGCAGUGGGACCCUGUACAAGUACCAACGGUUGGUCUCCGAUGCCUCGCAUGGCGCAGUGACCGAUUUGAUCGAUAUCGAGGACCUUUCUGCGUGUGGUAAAAGCUCUUGAAUCGGAGUCGAGGAGCUUUGAACAUUGUACAAUCAUCUCUUUCUUGGAUUUUUAUAUUGGUUCCUUCUUCUGCUCCUACAUAUGGGAGGGGAGCAAAUCGUUCUCCUGCUCUUUUUUUUUGCGGUUUCUUUCUUUUCGACUUGCCUUUUUUGUCACAUCAAUAACAACACCCCCUCCUGGAUGAUAAUCUCUCCUUGCAACUGCUUUUCCUUUUUUUUUUUUUGCAGCAGUAUUUGUCCAAUACUUAGAUUUAAUACAGUUCAUACCCAUCCUUCAAUUUUUUUUUUUUGUUUUCCGGGAGAGACUUGCACAGACUGCUUUUCUCAGCCCAAAUCCCCCCCCAUGAAGUUCUAACCCAUCCGGUAUAAUGUGACAAGCUGGCUAGAUAUCUUGCUUUUUUUGUUAGUAACUUAGUGGUGGUGCAUGGGGUUCAUAAUUCGAUCCUUGAAGGAGAG